GGCAGAGUGACGUCACGGGCCGGUGAUGGUCCUUAUGUAGGGUAGGUGAGGCAGCUUGGGCAGUGUGUGUGGCACAGUGAGAGCGGUCCCAUUCAGACAUUUAUACACACACAUAAAUAUAAUUAUAUAUAAUAUAUACAGACGGCAAGAUGUGCGGAAUCUUUGCAUACCUCAACUACCACGUGCCACGCACCAGGCGGGAGAUCCUAGAAACACUCAUCAAAGGCCUCCAGAGACUGGAAUACAGAGGAUACGACUCUGCAGGUGUGGGUAUUGAUGGUGGCAAUGAAAAGAACUGGGAAAAGAACUCCAACCAAAUCCAACUCAUCAAGAAAAAGGGCAAAGUUAAGGCUUUGGAUGAAGAAAUAAACAAGCUUAUAGACACGGACCUUGACAUUGAAUUUGAGAUUCAUUUGGGUAUUGCACACACUCGGUGGGCCACACACGGAGAGCCAAGUCCCACAAACAGCCAUCCACAGCGCUCUGACAAGAAUAAUGAGUUCAUUGUAAUUCACAAUGGCAUCAUUACCAACUACAAAGACCUGAAGAAGUUUUUGGAGAGCAAAGGCUAUGAAUUUGAGUCUGAAACAGACACAGAAACCAUUGCCAAGCUGGUGAAAUACAUGUAUGACAACCGGGAAUGUGAUGAAAUCAGCUUCACCACCCUGGUAGAGCGUGUAAUACAGCAGCUGGAAGGGGCGUUUGCCCUUGUAUUUAAAAGUGUUUAUUUCCCAGGACAGGCUGUGGGGACCAGGAGGGGCAGCCCACUCUUGAUGGGGGUACGAAGUGAACAUAAGCUAUCCACAGAUCACAUUCCCAUCCUGUACCGUUCAGGACAAACCAAGGAUUUUUCUCUUGAAGAAAUGUCCACUUUAAAGGAUAAAGGUUUGGACAAGAAAGGGAGCUGCUCUUUGCCCAGGCUGGAUAGCACCACCUGCCUGUUUCCAGUGGAGGAGAAAGCAGUGGAAUAUUAUUUCGCCUCAGAUGCCAGCGCAGUUAUUGAGCACACCAAUCGCGUUAUCUUCCUGGAAGACGAUGAUGUAGCUGCAGUGGUGGAUGGCCGGCUCUCCAUCCAUCGUAUUAAGCGAAAUGUAGGGGAUCACCCAGCUCGUGCUAUCCAGACUCUGCAGAUGGAGCUGCAGCAGAUCAUGAAGGGAAACUUCAGCUCUUUUAUGCAAAAGGAAAUCUUUGAGCAGCCAGAGUCUGUUGUCAAUACCAUGAGAGGCAGAGUGAAUUUUGAUGACCUCACAGUGAAUCUGGGUGGACUUAAGGAUCACAUUAAAGAAAUCCAGAGAUGUCGACGUCUGAUUCUUAUUGCCUGUGGAACCAGUUACCACGCUGGCGUUGCUACGCGCCAGAUACUGGAAGAGCUGACAGAACUGCCUGUCAUGGUGGAACUAGCUAGCGACUUUUUGGACAGGAGCACACCAGUUUUUAGGGAUGACGUGUGCUUUUUCAUCAGCCAAUCAGGUGAGACUGCCGACACUCUGCUUGCCCUCCGCUAUUGUAAAGAGAGGGGUGCCCUGACUGUCGGUGUAACAAACACCGUGGGCAGUUCCAUCUCCAGAGAGACCGAUUGUGGGGUACAUAUCAACGCUGGGCCUGAAAUUGGUGUGGCCAGUACAAAGGCCUAUACUAGCCAGUUUGUAUCCCUCAUAAUGUUUGCCCUGAUGAUGUGUGAUGAUCGGAUAUCCAUACAGGAGCGACGUAAGCAGAUCAUGAACGCCCUGCAAAUCUUACCAGACAACAUUAAAGAAGUGCUUAGCCUGGAUGAUGAGAUUCAGAAGCUGGCAUCAGAAUUGUACCAGCAGAAAUCGGUCCUUAUUAUGGGCCGUGGAUAUCACUACUCAACCUGCAUGGAAGGAGCUUUGAAAAUUAAGGAAAUCACAUACAUGCAUUCAGAGGGGAUCUUGGCAGGAGAGCUUAAGCACGGCCCAUUGGCCCUGGUAGACAAGCUUAUGCCAGUCAUCAUGAUCAUCAUGAGGGAUCAUGCCUACACCAAGUGCCAAAAUGCCCUGCAACAAGUGGUGGCUCGUCAGGGCCGCCCAGUUGUCAUUUGUGAUAAAGAGGACACAGAAACCAUUAACAGCAUCAAGCGAACAAUAAAGGUCCCUCACACCGUGGACUGCCUGCAGGGGGUCUUGAGCGUAAUUCCUCUGCAGCUCCUCGCUUUCCAUCUCGCUGUGCUGAGGGGUUAUGAUGUGGAUUGUCCAAGGAACUUGGCCAAGUCCGUGACUGUGGAGUAGAUUCGAUUCUGCUGAACCCAAGAAGACAUUUUUUACUUGUACAAUUUUUUUUUUUCUAAAUGCUGUUUUUACAUAUUGUAUUUAUGUUUCCUUCCCAUUCCUUGGUUUCUGAGAUUUCUUUGCCUGUCACUUUUACCCUGUACAUACAGAAUUGCAGUCUCUCCAGUGGACAGACCUGGAGCAUAUCAUUUGUAGCACACUUUUCAUUUCUGUUCAUUUGUAACAACACUAUGUCAGAACCAACGCUAACUCUUUCUUGUUCUGCCACAUACUCAGCUGAUGUGGUGACGACGUAUGGUAUUGCCGGUUUGGAUCCUGUCUACGCAGCAAUAAUGAGGCUUAACUCUAAUAAGCUCUUAUUUUAAACUGGACAUUGAAAGGUACUGGGAAAAUGAAGGUAUUUUAAUAUAUUUAACAUGAAGGACUUGCUAAUAGUUUUAUUCCGGUCAGGUAGGGAUGGGCGAAUUUGACCCAUUUCGAUUCGGCAUAAAUUUGUCCCUGACACCCAUUAAAGUCUAUGGGUGUCAUUUCCGCUGCGAAAAAAAAUGUGCCCAUCCUUAUAUAUAACCUUUGGGACAGGGAGGAAGCUGGGGUUUUAUUUUUGUGCUAUGCACUUUUGGUACUGUGAGUUUGGUCACUGUUUAAAAAUCCAAGCUGGAAGCAGCUACUACAUCUUAUCUCCCCCCACCCCAUCUCUUUCUCUGACUACAUUCCAAAAAAUGCUUUUAGACCAGGGAUUUCAAUCUGUUGCCCUGUGAGUGUUGUUGGACUGCAGCGUCCAUGAACAGUGUUGGAUUGUAGUUCAGUGGCUCCAGGGCCCCAAGUUGCCAAUUCCUGUUUUAGGGCAAUAUUUGUUAUUUUUUUAUUUGAAGCAGCGAAGUGCAGGUUGAUGUGGUGAUUACAUCUGCAGCAGGCUAGGGAAGCUAGAAGAUGUAGCUCAGGACUCAGAAACUUUGAGGGGGGCUUUCUAAUCCGUUUGGGAACAUUUCCUGGAGAGCCCGAAAUCCCUCAAACAAAAAAAAAAAAAAUUUUGACAGGGGUAAAAUGACUGUUUGGACCUCAAUAAUCUUUUUUUUGUUGUCCUUGAGCUAUAAAAGCGUUACACAAUCGUAUCUGUUCAACAUCAGGUGCUCUGCAGGCGCUAGUGAACCCCCCAUAUAACUAUACCUUGUUACUGGAACCAUAUCAGCGGCUGCUGCUUGAAGACGAUAGUCUUGUUGACUUUUUUUAUGCUUUUGUGUUCAGAUAAUCAUACUUUUUAUUUUUAAACAACCUUGAACGGUUUGUGCUGGAGCCUGUAAAAUUGUGAACUUAAAGGCACAUCUUGAGGGUGAUCGGCAUUUUGAGAAGGGUUGAGAGGGCAGCCCAUGCAAGUGAAGCUCAUCAUUAAGGUGGUUGCUCUGUGGGAAGCGUGAUAUUUUUAUGCAUUGAUCAAAGAAAAUUGAGGAUCUCUUCGGCCUGUCGUCCUUUGCAUGUGGACCUUUAUACUCAAAAUUAGAAUUGAGUAAAUGCUUGUUAGGGGGUCACUUAGAGACCCCCCCUCUUCUCCGAUUGGGGGAAGCCGCUUAUUCAGUAGAAAUGUGCAAUGUAAUUGUUGUGGGAAUGCCUGGCUGGCAAGCUGGAUAUCUUCUCUUCUUAAUCCAGCAAUUGAAGCUCAGUUUCCGACAUGGGUUUCUGGAAUUUGUAGUUCUCUGAUCUGACGGUGUCUGAAAAGUAUAAACUCUGGGCUCGGGUUAGGAUACUGCCUUACAGGAAGGCUGAGGCCCAGUCUAGGGGGAGAUUAUGUAACUCAGGUCUUUUCAACCUGCUGCUUUUCAGCUGUUCGACAACUCCCUUAAGGGGAGGCUGAAAGUAACAGUCGAGUAACAGCUGGAAGGAGGUCACAGGUUGGACAGCUUUGAUACAUAUAUUAAAAAUACAACUGUUUAAUAAUAAAAUAUUUUAUGGGGUAAUGCUGGGGCCCAGGGCAGAUCCUCUCUCUGCCUCACUCUGAAACUGGCCCCUGUGCUUUUCUGUGCUACACCACCUAGUGUUCUCUCUUUGUACAUUCAGGGCAGACAGACUCCUUAUAGUAGGGAAUGAAGGCAUUUCCAGGCUUGAGAAUGCGCUACAUUAAAGUAUAAGACAAAAUGUGAUGUUACUGUUCUUUUCCAAUUCCCUUUCUUCCCUCCGUCAUAUUUUGUAAUAAAAAUGAUAUUUAGUAUAGAUAUAUUGUUGAUGUCCAACCCGUGUCUCUCUGCCUGUUGCUCAGCUACAAGUUCCAGCAUCUUGCGAUGGCUGAGGCUGUUAAUGGCUGCCGGGUUCUGUAGUAAAGGGACUUCGGCUGGGCAUCCUUACUGCAGAUCUUAUUCUGUUUCCAUGAGAUGGAAAAUAGAUCUGCCAUUGUUCUCCUACUGAUACAGGAGAUGUUUACAGAGGACCAAAGAUACGUAUAGUACCCAUUGUAAAAUGCACCUCUGAAUUAUGUGGAAAUAAAACAGAUAUGUACAAUA